AUGAAAUGGUCACUAAAAUCAGUCUCGCGGACUUCGAAAAGCCUUCUCAGACUGGCUAAUCCUGCACCGUCUACAUGCUCUCUGUCUUCCUCGUCAGCUCUGCCGGAGACCUCCUCGGAGACAUGGAGCCGCUGCACAGGCUCCGCCGGACCAGGCAAUUACGCCAAUGGGGACCGCAUAACCAAGGAUUAUGUUACGAAACUCGUGGGGCGUUCCAUCCGCGCGGAUUGGUCGCGACCUCGUGCUCCUGUUUUCGCUCAUUGUGUGGAGUUCAUCGACGUCGAGCUCUGUAAUUCUGUGAUACGACACUAUGCGGAUCAAAAGAGACACUGGCAUUCUCUUUUUGUGUUCACGCAGAUGCAUAUGGUCGGUAUACGCCCCAACUCAUCAACCUUUCCGGCCGUUCUCAAGUCGAUCUCGAGGGUAUGCCUCCGAGAAAUCUGUAAUUCGAUUCACGCAUUCGUCACUAAGAUGGGAUUCGAGAGGGAUGUUUAUGUGAGCAGUUCUCUGCUGAACGCGUACAGUGUCUGUUCCUCGGCCAAAGAUGCGCGUAAGGUGUUUGAUGCAAUGCCUGAGAGAAACUCUGUUUCGUGGAAUGCAUUGAUCACUAGCUGCACGCACAACAGGAAGUUCAUAGAAGCUAUCGAUGUGUUUCGAGAAAUGCAGGCAUGUGGGGUCCCGCCCACUGCGGUCACUAUGGUUGGCAUCUUAUCGGCAUGUGCCCACUUAGGAGCUCUACGGCAGGGCAGGUGGAUUCACGAGUACAUCAAUUGUAGUAGCUUGAACUUGAACGUGUUCCUUGGUACCGCACUUAUCGACAUGUAUGCAAAGUGUGGGGUUGUGAAGGAGAUGGAGGAGGUUUUCGAUGCGAUGAAGGUAAGGAACGUGUACACGUGGAACGUCUUGAUUUCGGGAUUUGGGAUGAAUGGGUGUGGAAAUGCUGCUUUGAAUGCUUUUGAUAGGAUGGUGAAGGAGAAGUUUAGGCCCGAUGGCCUUACUUUCUUGGGAGUACUAUGUGCUUGUUGUCAUGAAGGUCUUGUUGAUUCGGGUCGAAGGUACUUCUCCAGCAUGACGGAAAAGUUUCGGAUUCACCCGUGGAUCGAGCAUUAUGGGUGCAUGGUUGAUUUACUUAGUCGUGCUGGUUUGUUGGUUGAAGCUCUGGAUUUGAUUGAGAAUAUGAAGCUGAGGCCAGAUCCUAUUAUUUGGCGAGCAUUGCUAGGUGGUUGCAGGAUCCAUGGAAAUACUGAAAUGGGGGAAUAUGCUAUCAGGAAGCUUCUUGCGAUCGAACCAGGAAAUGCUGAAAACUAUGUUCUGCUAUCUAAAUUGUUUGCACAAGACCGAAGGUGGGCUGAUAUGGAGAUCUGA